UACCGGUACGAUACAGCAGUACAGUACGGUAUUCAACCAAACAUAUAUUCUCAUGGUCUCUAAUUCAAUAAUUACUAAAAUAAGAAAAGUGGGUCCUAUUCGUAUUUUUGUUUUCACUCAAGCCACUCUUUCCAGUUUUUCCAUUACACUACUUUUUAAUCUAAUUCUCUGAUAAUUUGAUACAGCAAUGACUGAAUCAUAGGCUUAAAAUAUGGCAGAUGUAGACUUGCGUUGCAAUGUUUCAAUAUGGGGCUUUGAUGCUGAAGAUUCCACAUUAAUAGUAAAAUUAAUAGUAAAACAUUUGAAAAAUCAUAUUCGAGCUGGUACAGAGAUUUCUUGUCCAUACCUUACUUGUUUCAAAAAGUUUAGAAAUCUGAACACGUUUUCUUCCCAUAUUCGAAGAACCCAUCGCUUAUCUAUCCAGCCACGUGAAGUUAUGCAAAUUGACCGUCCUAUUAAUUUUGGAUCCAUACUGACACCCCAAGUAUUCUCAUCACCAUCUCCAUCAUUUCAAAUGGAUCCGCAUGUUGAUUCUUUGGAGACUCUCAGGAGAAAUUGUACAGUGUUUUGUGCCAUGCUGCAAUAUAAACUACUCAUUCCUGGUAUCACUAUCAGCAAAAUUCUUUGAGGCUCAGCAGAAAAUCAACAGUUGUACACAUGCUUCCAUUGAAUUGGCUAUCAAAAAUGUAUUGCAAGAUGAGGGCAUACAGCAAUCUGUAAUAAAAAAAAAGUGCUUGAAUCCGUAAUGCACGUGAUGAUGAAUACUCCUGUUGGUGAUGGAACUCUGCAAUCAAGUUAUCUCAGAGAACGCUUAUACAAAAACUUACUAACCUUUGUUGAACCAUUGCCUUACAAUGUAGCUAGAACUUUAUCACAGCCUGAACCGAAUAGAGAGAGCUAUCAUUAUAUACCUAUUCUUAAUUCAAUCAAAGCGCUUUUCAAAUAUGAAAGCAUUUGCUAUCAAUAUCUUAACCCCAUUGAUCCAGGAAACUACCUUUUGGACAUAAAAGAUGGAGACACUUUCAAAAAAAAUUCUUUUUUUAAUUAAGAAGCUGUUCUGAGGCCUCUACAAAUUAUUCUCUAUCAAGGCGCGUUUGAAAUAGUUAAUCCAUUAGGAUCUGCAAAGAGAAAACAUAAGAUUCUCGCAACGUACUUCACCUUGGGUAAUAUUCACCCUUAUUGUCAGUCAAAAGUUUCUCCUAUCCAGCUUGUGAUGCUUGUAAAAGAACAGUAUGUCAGCAAUGAGUGUAUUAAAGACUUUUCAGUCCUCUAUUGGCAGAUUUGAAAAUUGUUGAACAUGAAGGAAUUGACUUGGGGUUUUCUGAAAAAGUUCGAGGGAGUAUUUCUUGCAUACUAGGUGAUAAUCUUGGUAGUCAUUGGAUAGGAGGAUUUGUUACAAAUUUUGGCACAUUAGAAUAUUUUUGUAGAUAUUGCUCCGUUAAAAGAAGUGAUUUUUCAGAAAACUGGAUUGUUAUUGAGCCAUUGCGUACAAAGGAAUCAUAUGACCAGAGUGGUAAUCAAAUGCUGCUACAAGUAUCUGGGAAUAUCACUGGAUUAAAAUAUGAGUGCAUAUUUAAUCAAUUUAAUUACUUUCAUGUUUGUCAGCCAUCCCUACCACCUUGCUUAGCCCAUGAUAUAUUUGAAGGGGUCGCUCAAUUCGACAUGGAAAUAUUCAUACGGUGUCCUAUUUCCAACGGCUGGUUUACUCUGGACUACCUGAAUAUGCGCAUUUCGACAUUUCAUUAUAACAUGUCAGACAGUACCUCCAAACCACAAAUAUUGAAACCAAAUUUGGAAAAACUGACUGGAAAUGCUUCACAAAAUCGAGCGUUUUUAAGGAUUUUUCCAUUUUGGGUAGUUGACAAGGUCCAAGACUUUGAUGAUUCAAUUUGGCAAAUGAUCAAAUCUUAGAUAUAUUGUUGAGUUGAUUUGUGCACCAAAAGCCUCAAAUGCAAUUAUCAGCACACUUCAAUGGCUAUUGCCACGAUAUGUUGCAUCCCGUAAACACUUAUUUCCUGGUCAUACAGUGCGACCUAAGCAUCAUUAUUUGAUGCAUUAUCCGGAAUUGAUCUCACUUUUUGACCCGUUUAUUAGAUGCUGGACUUUGAGGUUUGAGGGAAAAAACUCUUAUUUUAAAAAUGUAGUCUGGAGAACUGGGAAUUUUGUCAAUGUGUGCAAAACCCUUGCACAUAGUCACCAAAUGAUGAAAGCUUGCAUGUUAGAACAAAGAUUUGCAUGUCCCUUAAUUCAGCGACAAUUAGCAAAUCGACAAAUUGUAUAUUCUGAAGCUUUCAUGCACACAUUUGAAGCGUGGGGUUUUCCCUUUACUGAUAGCCACUUUCUGGAUAAAUUUUUUUAUCGAGGAACUUAAUAAAAAAAAAAAAAUAUUUUACUUGAGAAAGUUGACUUUGGUUUUGUAGUUGGUUAAAUUGAGUGUAUUUUUGUUUAUCAAGAAAAAGAAUACAUGGUUGUGAAAACAUUUAGUGGCACAUAUAAUCCUCAUAUUGGAAUAUACUUACUUGGGAAUGAUUUGAAUCCAUACAAAAUAUUGAAAUUUGACCAAAUUUUAGACUAUGAUCCCAUAUAUAUGUGUACAGGUUAGGGAAAGAUUCAUGGUUCGCACUCAAACAUCAUGUAAGUUGAUGGCAUUUGUGUUCAUUGUGAUAUAAGUCUUAUAACCUGUGACACUGAAACCUGUAAUAUUUUUUAUUUGAAGUUUAACCAUUUUGUACUGUUCAUAUUUUUCAUUAACAGUAUGCAGGUAGAAAUUGAGAACGAUAUUUUAAAGGUACUUAAUGUACCAAGGGAAUUAGCAACUCAAAUAGCUUAUAUUAUAGUUAAUGAUCUGGGAGUUGAGGAAGCCAAAGAUUUAAGUUUAAUUAACGAAGAGGACCUCACUAGAGGAAGCAUUUUGAAAACAAUCCAAGCCCGAAAACUUAUAAUGACCUGGAAAGCAGACAAAAUUGAGGAGCAAGAUAAUUUGUCAUCAAGUGUUGAAACUGACAGCAGCCAUUCUUUACAACCUUCACCUAUGCAAAACUGGGUCAUGAAUUUUGAAAUUCCAUGGCACAAGUUUCCUGCAGACUUAAUAACAAGCUGCAAUAACAAUGAAGUACCAACUCCUUUUAACAGAAGAGAAAUGGUGAAAAUUCUCAUUGAGGAAAUCACAAAGACUUAUCCAAAACCAGGAAAGAGAAACUUACACACAAUUGCAUGUAAAGUCGCAUCUCAAUAUCCCAAUUCCCUCAGCGAUACUCUCCGACAUGGUGACAAAAUCAAUUUUGGCAUCCAGUCACUAGCAGAUCAGUUAUUAUACAGAUAUGUAUAUGUCAGAAGACAAACCAAAAGUGCGAUUGUAUCAACGCCAACUCCGACACAUAAAAGCAUUCAUUGCAGCACCUAAAUGAAGCAAAGCUGUGGCUUCUUGAUCACUUUAAACUUGAAGCGCAUGAUUCAUCUUUGGAUCAAUACCGAAUGGGAGAGACUUAUGAGCUCCAAAGAGAAAUGAUACACAACAAAACCACGAUUGAACAAAUAAAAAGUGAAUUUCCAUUCCUUCUAAUUAAAGAGCAUCUUUAGGAUCAUUUCUGUACACUCAUGAACAAACCAGAUGCAGUUGAACAGUUUAAUUCCAAACUAUGUUCACAGGCAAAGAAAAUUUUCAAAGCACUCAAGUCCAGAUCUCAUGCUGGAAUACCUUCCAUUGCCAAAAAGAUUGGAGAAGAAUGCAGCGAACAUGGACAUUCAGCUCCAAAAGCUCUGAGGAUCAUUGACCUCCUGGCAUGCUAUUUCAAAGAAGAUGUAAAAUCUGUUUAUCAGCUUUUUGAGCGUACAGCAUUUAUCCAUCUUGGCUGGUUGGAAGUAGAAUUAGCAGAAGUUUUGUCAUCGCUUCAAGCAGCUCCAAUCAUUAUUGUGUUCGGAGACAACCUCGUGAUUGCAGAAAAAUUUUGCGUUUCAAUUGAAAAAAUCGUGAUGAUGAGAUGCACAGACUUCAUUUCUGCCUUGGUCUACACAUUUUGUGCAUUUUUUGUUUUUGACAUGAGAUAUCCUGAUACUUAUGCUUUAACAUAUGAAUUCAUACCAAGAUAUUUCGUUGGCAUCAACACUGCCGGCACCAGAAGCAAAAAGCGACAAAAAUAUGCCAUCCACCCCAAAGUCAUGAAACUGGGAAAGCUUGUGGAGUGACUGAAAAUAGUUCUAAUGAGCAUUGUUGGGGAAGUCACC